AUGAAAUUCCACCAGGUAAAAACUUUAUUUUGGAAAAAACAUUUUUUAUCUCAAUUUUUUCGACAUGCUCAUAAAGAACAUUACAUAGAUAAGCCAGUUUUGUAUCCUCUUACAAGUCGGAAAUUAAUUAAUGUAAAAGGCAAUGAUGCUUCCAUAUAUUUGCAAGGACUAAUUACAAAUGAUAUGCGACACUUCGAAGAAGGCGCUAAAUCUGUAUAUGCUAUGUUUCUUAACAACAAAGGUAGGGUUUUGUAUGAUACCUUAAUACAUAAAUGGAAAGACAAUGAUUCUUUUCUAAUUGAAUGCGAUUCUAGUACAAUAAGCGCAAUGCAAAAGCUUUUGAAAAUGUAUAAAUUGAAGAGACAACUCGAAAUUAAAGAUGUCAAUGAAGAGAUUAAGUUGUGGGUAUUAAUAUCUUCUACAGUACCUAAUAUGAAAGAAAAAAAUGUGCAUAUAUAUAAAGAUCCCAGACUUGUUGAACUAGGAUAUAGAAUAAUAUCACCGUUAUCUUUAAAUGAAUCUCAAUUGGUAGAUAUAUUUGGGAGUGAUUUAUCAAUAAGCAAUAGUGAAGAUGGUUAUAAAUAUUUAAGAUAUAAAUUAGGUGUCGGUGAAGGAGCUGAUGACCUUCCACCUGCAACAAGCUUUCCUUUAGAGGCUAACUGUGAUUACCUUCAUGGUGUUAGUUUUCAUAAAGGAUGCUAUAUUGGACAAGAAUUAACUGCUAGAGUCCAUCAUACUGGUGUAGUUCGGAAGAGAAUAAUGCCUUUAAAAUUUACCAAAGAAAUAAAGGAUUCAAUAGAGAAAGACACAGUUGUAAAUUCUUCUGAAAACCCAAAAUUAAAUUUAGGAAAGUUAAAGGGUAUUGUUCACAAUUAUGGAUUAGGUUUAAUGAGAAUAAAAGAGGCCCUUGAUGCUAAAAUGUUGAAAGUUGGAGACUAUGAAGCUGAAGUUUUAAAACCUUCCUGGUGGCCUAUUGAAGCUCCAAGAGAAAUUAAUGUGAAAAAAGAACAAAACUAA